AUGGGUUAUGGUUGGGUAAAAACGCUUCUGGCCAUUGAGUUAUGUAUCUCUUUGGCCGUUGUUAUCUGGGUACCGUACACUGAAAUUGAUUGGAAUGCCUAUAUGCAAGAAGUGAAGGGUUUUCUCGAUGGUGAACUUGACUAUACAAAACUAAAGGGAGACACUGGGCCACUAGUCUACCCAGGUGGUUUUGUUUGGACCUACAGUGCUCUGUAUUUUAUUACAAAAGGAGGAACAGAUAUUGUGAUGGCACAAUGGUUAUAUGCAGGUGUUUAUGUAAUGUUAUUUGCUGCCGUUGCGCAAUUGUAUGUGCGAUCUCAUAUUCGUGGACGUUUACUUAUUCGUCUUCUUCUUUCAAAACGUAUUCGAUCACUUUUUAUGCUUCGAUUAUUUAAUGAUUGUUGGGCUAUGUUACUUUUAUACUUGGCAGUGGUUACUCUUGCUAAUGGACGUCGAUGGAAACUUGGAUGUCUUUUAUAUAGUAUGGCCGUAUCUGUAAAAAUGAAUAUUUUUCUUUUCGCUCCAGGUUUAUUGAUGGUUCUUUGUAAAGCCCUUCCAUGGUCAGGGGUUAUUUCAUGCCUUAUGGUAUGUGCUCUUUGGCAGAUAAUAGCAGGACUUCCAUUUCUUCUUCAUGAUCCACAGGCGUAUUUAGGAAAAGCCUUUGAAUUGGGUCGUGUAUUUACAUACAGAUGGAGUGUAAACUUUAAGUGUAUUCCAGAGGAAUUAUUUGUAUCUCCAGAGUUUGGUAAAGUAUUGUUAGCGCUUACAUUGAUAAGUUGGAUUAUUCUUUGGCGUCGACGAUGGUCCCAUAGACUUUUCCGACGAACCCGCGUCGCAACAUUAAGAUAUGUAGAUCGAGAUUCAAAACUUAUGGAAGAUAAUGUUCAGGAUUCACAAGAUGAGGUAUAUCGUAAUAUUGCCUUAACAUUAAUGGAAUCCAAUCUUAUUGGAGUUAUAUUUGCACGUUCACUUCAUUAUCAAUUUCUUGUAUGGUUCUUUCAUUCCAUGCCAAUGGUAUUAUCAGCAACACGAUUACCUUUUCCACUUCAAAUUGCAUCUGUUGUUGCCGUACAAUAUGGGUUUGAGGCUUAUCCAAGUACGGCAUCAUCCUCUUUGGUGUUAUUAUCUGGUUUCGCUCUUGCAUGGAUUGGUGUUCUUUUCUUUGGAGCAGAUGGAGAUAUUUCUUCUUUUUCUUCUCCUUCUAACGUCUCUUCAGAACGUAAAAAGAGAGCUUUACAAAAUAGUAAAUUUGAAGAGGAUAGAGUAGAGAGUGUGGCGAAGAAGAUACAGUAA